GUUCACGCCAUCGAUUUCUUGAAAGCUGAUCAAGAUACGUUUUAGGAGCUUGCACGCAUAGCUUCUGCAUAGCUUCUACAUAGUCUAUCGCAAGUGUCUUUUCCGGAGGCCCUCAUCGAGACCAAUUCUUUUUUUCCCUCAGUAUAUUUGGUCCAAUAUGCUCUCUCGUGGACCUAAACCCGAGGGGACGAUACCUCGCUGAUUAAGGAGUGAUUAGCUAAGCUCGCGAGCAAUGUCGUAUGUGGCGUGUUGAAAUUCUUCUUAUCAGCUAUUCCGCAGGUCUCGCUAUUUCCAAGUCCGGUUGCCAAUCGUUAAUCCCCCGGCUUGUUCGGGUUCAUCACGUCCGCAUUGGUGUUAUGAGCUUACGAUAACCCACUGCGGGUAUCAAGAAUUUUUAGACUUGUACGCCGUAAUCAAGGUCAACAUCGGGUCUCACAAGUUCGAUCAUGGAUCUUAAAACUCACCGUCAGCCGAUAGUUGAAGGAAAGGAAAUCCAGAUGUCUCAAAGACGCCCGUCUUUUUCAGCUAUGAAAGCUUUGCGGUUGAGAUCACUCAGUAUCACUUCGCAAAUCUCAAGCUCCUCCGAAACAGAGACUCACUCGCCCGUAGCAGUUCGUAAAAGAACAUUGACUAAGAAUCGUCCUUUUGAGACAUUGAGGGAGGAUUUGAUUCGGAGGCCCUCUGGUUCUUCAACGGGGGACAAUACCGAGCGGGGCUCUGUAUCGACUAGACCUACGAGUCCUUCAGGCACUGGCAGUCAGUGCGCUAGCAUUUUCGGUGAUGCCUUGGUAAUUCUCAAGUCCGGGCCUCUCCAACCGGAAACGUCUAUCUUGAGGACUAAGAAAGAGUUCUUGGUGUUAACUCCCUUGGCUCUGGUCAAGUUCAAGAGUCGUUCUGCUGCAGUCGAACGAUUCCCACAGAUCUCGGUAUCGAACAGCGGCACCGACACUCUUUCGCCUGUUGAAUCGGUCAGCUCUCUGAGAGACCUUGGGGCAAGCGGGGAAUUAUUUGUCCCACUAGAGAAGAUCGUCUCGGUUUUCAACAACGAGGGGACCCGUCCAUCGUUCGGUAUAGAAGUAUGGUGGAGUGAUCGAAAAGGGGCCACAUUUACAUGUCUCCAGUUAGACUUUAGCCUACCAGAUGAUCGCGACGAUUGGUUAAAACAGAUUCGGCAUGCGAUCAAGAUACGGGCCAAGGCUUUCCCCGAAGAGUUAAUUCCAUCUGAAAUAGAAUCGGAGCUUAAGCGGCGAGUUCAACCUCAACACGAGCAGCAUUGGGAUGCCCAGAUAGAAAUAUUUCCCGUCAUACCUCGACGACCGUGUAUGAGUCCGACAGCAAACUCCGGUGAAGUUAAGAAAGGUUGGCGAGAUAAGUCGGCUUUCUAUAUAGUACUCACCCGAAAAUUCUGUUAUCUCGCCCAGUUUAUGAAAAGUUCGACGGCCGAAAAAUACAAUCCUACCAUGAUACGGUUUGGGUUGGUGGGGUUGUCGAAAGUUAACGUAAUUCUUAACGACGAGAGGUUCGAUCUUGUUUUUCGAUUGCCCUUAGAAAACCCUACGAAACUAGAGCUUUCUAGCCGACAUCAUCGGAGCAUUUCGUCAAAAUUGUAUAAGAUGGACGCCUAUAUUAAACCUGCCUGGCCCCUCUGGACUCGCCGUGAAGUGUUCUUCAUCGAUGGUGAAGCACCGCAAAUGCCUCUUCCUAAUGGCGAAGAUUACUGUGGUUUUAAAACGACUUUAGGAGCAUUCAUCGAAGGGUACUGCUGUGCUCCAGUGGAUUGGAUGGUACAAUGGAAGAAUGUGCGGCACGCUCCUCAAUUUACUCUUCUUGCGCCGAAGGGACAGUCUAGCUAUAACGCGUAUCAGCUCUUAGCUGUCUUCCGUGCCUUACGCUUCAACGACUUUUUCAAGUCAUUGUCAUUCCGCGGCAUUGACUUCUCCAGUCUUGCCGGCAUUUUUGACAAUACGACCCGACUCGAGUCUACAACAUGGCUUUCCCGAACAGGGAAACGUAGUCUUACUCGAGUUGAAUUCGACCUCGUGGAAAACUCCUCCGUACUGUUCCAAGAAAUUGUAGCUCUUCUACUUGGAUCGGAGUCUAUUCGACACAUCGAUCUUACCAACGUCCUUGCUAGAGAACCUACAGUUUCAUUGGGAAAUGGUCAGACCGCUCCGUCUCCGACAGGCCAAGUGUGCGAAAUCGUACCCCCUAUAGUACUUCUCUGGAAAUCUCUACAAACUCGGUGCAAUUCGAUAAAUAUUAGUGGGAACCCCCUGGGCGUGCCCGACGUUGCAGGUCUCUCCCGGGCUCUACAGAAUAGACCUGAUUUCCUGAAGAAAAUUUCGAUAUCGCGAUGUCACCUCGACGAGAACGCACUUGCGCUACUCUGGGAGGGCUUACAUGAACAACGUUCGUCCAUCGAAAAUCUUGAUGUAUCACAUAACUCGGGUCUUAUAGAGGCAUCCAAGGCCGCAGAAACCCUCGUCGACGCAAGUAGACUACGACGUCUAAAUCUCGCAUAUGCAAUUAAGGGAAACCUAAAUGGCCCCCUAUUCCGACCCUGGAGCGCGACAUCAAACUUCGAGCCGUGGCAUUUAGAAGAGUUAGAUCUUUCGGGUUGGAAGGUUAACUUCGAUACUUUGUGCGGGAUUAUGAAGUUCAUUGAGCUUGAUGAGUCUCGCAGUUUGCGUCGUUUAGCCCUCACAAAUUGCGGGAUAUCAGGAGAAAUGGCAACUGGCCUCCUGUGUCGUCUUGGCGCAGGUCGGGACAUGCAUCUGUUGCUCAGCGAUAAUCCACUUGAACUUGGUUCGACCGACUGGAUCGACUUAAUCCACGGUAACGAAGCGCCGAGAAUGCUACAUCUCAAUAUGGUCCAGUUUCAGCACGAAUCAAAUUUCAACCGCCUCCUUAAGGCACUUGCUCAUAACAAAACGAUCGAGUUUUUGAGUAUGAUAGGAACUGGGCCUCCGGAUCGAACGAGCCCCAAGACAUUGGAGCUUCUAUCUCGCUUUUUCGAACUGAAUGAUACCCUGCAAUACCUAGACCUGUCCGGGUACAGUGGGAAACUAGAAGACAGCCAUAUGGGAUGGGGGCUAUCUGGAGCAUUGGGUGGAUUAAAGCAGAAUAUUACACUCCGCCAGCUUCGCGUUCGCAACCACGACAUUGGCUCCGCAGAAGAUGUGAGCGAGCUCUGCCGUGUCCUCGCUGUGAACAAGGGUCUUGCCAUGUUCGAUUGCCAGCAAAAUAGUUUCAAUCACCACCAAUUCGCGAAACUCGUUCAUGCCCUGAACUAUAACCAUCAUAUCAUUUCUUUCCCCCUAUCCGACACCGAUCGACAAUAUGCGGUACAGAAAGAAGAGCGCUUGUUUCAUAAACAGCAGGCUCAGCCCAACAAAUCAUUUCAAAGCAAAGUAUUAAAAGCGGCAGAAGGUCGCUUGGAUGGGUUGCUGAAGUGGGUGGAGGAAUUUUGGAAUGACGAAGCUGAGAAAGCACGCGAGAUCCUGGGCAGAAAUAGAAGCAAUCCUGCAAACCACUCGCUCGGGUUCAGGUCAGAAUACCUCGACGCUUGGGAAGAUGAGAGUCUCCCUCCCUGGCUUUUCCCGACCUCCCCGGCCCGCGACAAAGGAAAGCAAACUUCCAAUACAACUUAAUAAACUCAAAUAACGUUGGCCCAUGUUCAGCCCUACGCACGGGUGUCUAUGCUGACUCCAUGUCACCGUGGAAGGAAUCAUUAAGAUGACUUGGUUCCUAAAUUAAAAAAAUAAAGAAGGAUUUUUACGACCUAAUAUACCUACCCAGAGGAUAAUUGUCGGAUUUAGUAUACAACGAAGGCCGACAAAUUUCGUUGAACUUACAUACGAUAUACGUCGUAUUCUCUCCCCCUUGCACGGUUAUCACUGAUAGAUUUAUGGUUUAGCUGAAGAGGCGGCGUUUUAGAUUAUGAGAGAUACCCAGCGAGACACGCGGAAUUUGAAUUUGCCUAUAUAUAUUGUUUGCUACUUACAUUUUGCUCAUUUACGAGGGCGUCGAUUUAUUUAACAUAUACUUCCAUGAAAUUAUUGACGCUAGUUGAGAGGCGCAAACUGCAAUCUCGCGACCUCAAAUAACGUUGAUGGAAUCAAGAAUUUGAUGCGAGCUAACAGUCCCGAUAUAUCCUGGUCGCUUUUCCCAGUGCUCUCGUAAGACGGGUUGGAGUUCUAAUUAGGGCGGAUGACGCGGAUUAUGUAGCCUUCCACCAGGCUGUAUUCGGUUGCAUUCCGAGUUUAGUCAGGCA